AUGGAAGCAGCCCCGGACAUCGCACAGCCACGGUGGCAGCAAGCCCUGAAGCGCAUCGCAAGUCUAAUCCUCCGCCAAUGGCUCCUAAUCGGGAUCGGCGUCGUGUGCGCCCUGGCAUACUGCUUCCCAAACGUGGCCAAGCAUGGAGGCAUCAUCCGCUCCGAAUACAGCAUCAUGUACGGCGUGAUCGCGAUAAUCUUCCUAAUCUCAGGAUUGAGCAUCCCGCGCCAGAAGCUUAUCGAGCACGUGCUGAAUUGGCGACUCCACUUGAUCGUGCAGGCGGUUUCGUUUCUGUUUAUUCCUGCGCUGGUGCUGGCUAUCGUGCAUAUUAUCAUCGCUGCCGAUACGGGGAGUAAAAUUGAUCGCGCGGUGCUGGCGGGGUAUAUCUUCACUGCUUGUAUUCCGACGACGAUUGCGUCCAAUGUUGUUAUGACGAGGUCUGCGGGUGGAGAUGAUGCGGCUGCUUUGGUGGAGGUCUUGUUGGCUAAUAUUCUCGGCCCGUUUGUUACGGCUGCUUGGACUGUUGCGUUGAUACCUAAGAGGGCGGAGUUUGAUCCCUGGCGGUAUGGGGGUGGGAAUUUGGGAAGUAUGUAUAGGGAGGUUUUCAAGCAAUUGGGACUCAGUGUGUUACUGCCACUGUUCGUUGGGCAGGUGGUGAGGUGGACUUGGCCUGAUCGCACUGCGUAUGUCAUGCAGAAGACCAAGCUGCCUAAGUUGUCUACUGUCUGCUUAUUGUUGUUGAUCUGGGCCACAUUCUCCUCCUGCUUCGCAACAGGAGCUCUCCAAACCUUUUCCGCGCAGAGCAUAAUCUUCGUGGUCCUAUUCAACAUCCUACUUUACAUCACUUUAACGGCAGUAUGCUUCUUCUGCUCCAGACCACCGCGAAUCUUCAGCUCUCGACGCUGGUCCAAGCCCAUAUUUGAGCGCAUGUCUCCGGAGGAAACUAUUGCAGUUUGCUUUUGCGGACCAGCGAAGAGCACCGCACUUGGUAUCCCGUUGCUCUACGCAAUGUGGCAGCCAGUUGAUCUCUUCAUAAAAGCGAAGACAUCGGUGCCGGUACUACUCUAUACCACGGAGCAGAUCUGCGUGGCGCAUUUCUUCGUUCAGAUGUUCCGGUGGUGGCAUGCUAGAGUCAUCGAGAAAGAGGAUUUGGAUGACUCUACGCGCGAUGAUGUUGAGAUUGGUAUGGCUGAAAAUUUAUGUGGGGAUCACGCAGGACGUGUUCAUGAGCGUACGACUAUUUGA